UGAAAAACCAAUGAAGGUGGAGGUAUGUUAAAGGAGGAGAGACAGAUCUGUCCUUUCUACUUAAAAAAUCGUUGUGUCUAUGGUGACAGAUGCAUAAAUCUUCAUUGUCAACCGGAUGACAGGUUGCCGGUUCAAAGUCAAAAGUCUCCUCCACCAUGUAAAUUUUAUCUUCGAGGCUAUUGUCAUAAUGGUGACAGUUGCAAAUUUUCGCAUAGUGGAAACGUAUCUUCACGCUACAUCUACCAACGAAGUACAAACCAAUUCCCUGAUACGAAUUACUCUGGUAACAGUUCCUCACAAAAUCGAUCAUCGGAUUCUCAAAGAAAUCAAAUAUUCACUAAUAAUAAGGCGGUCAAUGAACAACGUACAACUGAUUCAUUGUCGUCGCUGUCUAGCAACAGAAGUAAUCCUGUCAGUAAAGGAUUUUCAUUCCGUCAAACUGUUGAAGCAAUGAAGCAGGCAGAGCAGCAGGCAGAGGAGGAGAAAAUACCCGCCUACAUUGAAUUAGGUUAUGAAGCUUGUGAAGUUUAUAGUGAUUUGGAUCAACUCAAUGCAGAUGAGAUAGCGACAUAUAGUUCUGAUAAAGCCUUUUUCAAUAACCCGCUUCCAUUAUAUGCUCCACCAGAAAGUUUAUGUUCAUUUUCAUAAAAUCAUGAAUAGAAUAUAAACGUUUUUACUCUUAUUUUGUAUUUGACAAUAAUAUAAAAGGCCAC